GACAGUUCUGUUUCGUGAUUGUUUUGUACUUGUUUUUAUUUUGUAUUAAAUUUAUACUUACCAUGUUGACUGCAGUUGUUUAAAAAAAGUUAUAUUUUAAUUCACAAACUUGACUCACUUCAUUUACAGAAACAAUUAUCGAGAUAUUAAAAUUAUAACAUCACUUUUGUACUCGUGAAUAAUUAAUGAAGUAAAUAAGAAAUAUGACCAGAUGUAUUCAAUGUGGUGAAAUUCCUAAAUACAAAUGCCCUACAUGUCUCCAACCUUAUUGCUCAGUUUUGUGCUGUAAGGAGCACAAACUAAAUCCUUGUUCAGCUCCAUCUAAACCUGAAGUGUGUGCUUCAAAACCAAGCUUAAGUUAUGAAUUUCCUACAGAAGAUACUGUUGCACCAGAAAAAUUAGAACUGUUAAGAAAUUCUACAGAGUUAAAAAAAUGUUUAGAAAAUCCACAUGUUAGAACAAUAUUGGAAUUACUGGAUAAGUCACCCCAUCCAGAUGAACUAAUUCAAAAAUAUAUGCAAGAGCCAAUAUUUACAGAGUUUGUGGAUAUAUGUUUAAAUACUGUGGCACCUGCAGAAGAUAUUGACAAAUUAUAACCUAUAUAUGGUACUUUUUAUAAUGUUAACAUAAUUUAAAAUAUAUAUAUUUUCCUAAAUAAUAA